CUCCAGGGAGCCGUGGGGCAGAGGCCGCGGAGUCCGGGAGGGACCUGCCUCUGCUUUCACAGUUCUCCAAAUUUUUCCAGGAGAAGCAGAAAAUGAAUAAAUCCUUGGGGCCAGUGUCAUUCAAGGAUGUGGCUGUGGACUUCACCCAGGAGGAAUGGCAGCAGCUGGACCCUGAGCAGAAGAUAACAUACAGGGAUGUGAUGCUGGAGAACUACAGCAAUCUAGUCUCUGUGGGGUAUCACAUUAUCAAACCGGAUGUUAUCAUCAAGUUGGAGCAAGGAGAAGAACCAUGGAUAGUAGAAGGAGAAUUCCUACUUCAGAGCUAUCCAGGUGAAGUCUGGAGAACUGAUGACUUAAUGGAGAGUGUCCAAGAAGAUGAAGAUAAACAUUUAAGGCAAACUGUGUUCAUCAACAAAACUCAUAUUGAAGAGAAAGAAUAUAUUAGUAGUGAUGGAAGCUAUGCAAGAAUGAAACCUGAUGUAUGUAGUGGAUGUGGGAAAUCACUUCUCCAUAUUAAGCUUGAGAAAACUCAUCCAGAAGAUAAAACUUAUGAAUUUAAUCAAAAUGGGGCACCUUAUACACUAAAUGAAGAAAAUAUUUAUCAGAAAAUUCAUAUGUUGGAGAAACCUUUUGAGUAUAUUGAAUGCCAGAAAGCCUUCCAAAAGGAUGCAGUUUUUGUUAAUCACAUGGAAGAGAAGCCCUAUAAGUGGAAUGAAUCUGAAAUAGCCUUUCUCCAAAUGUCAAACCUCAGCGUACAUCAGAGUUCUCACAUGGAAAUGAAGCCCUAUGAAUGCAGUGAAUGUGGAAAAUCCUUCUGUAAAAAGUCAAAAUUUAUUAUACAUCAGAGGACUCACACAGGAGAGAAACCUUAUGCAUGUAAUCAGUGUGGGAAAUCCUUUUGCCAAAAAGGAACCCUCACUGUACAUCAGAGAACACACACAGGAGAGAAGCCCUAUGAAUGUAAUGAAUGUGGGAAAAACUUUUACCAGAAGUUACACCUCAUUCAACAUCAGAGAACUCACUCAGGAGAGAAGCCCUAUGAAUGUAGUUAUUGUGGAAAAUCCUUUUGCCAGAAGACACACCUCACACAACAUCAGAGAACACAUUCAGGAGAGAGACCCUAUGUUUGCCAUGACUGUGGGAAAACCUUCUCUCAGAAAUCUGCACUUAAUGAUCAUCAGAAAAUUCACACUGGCAUAAAACUCUAUAAGUGUAGUGAAUGUGGGAAAUGCUUCUGUCGCAAGUCGACUCUUACUACCCACCUGAGGACCCACACAGGAGAGAAACCCUAUGAAUGUAAUGAAUGUGGAAAAUUCUUCUCUCGGUUAUCAUAUCUCACUGUGCAUUAUAGAACUCAUUCAGGAGAGAAACCCUAUGAAUGUAAUGAAUGUGGGAAAACCUUCUACCUGAAUUCAGCCCUCAUGAGACAUCAGAGAGUACACACAGGAGAGAAACCUUAUGAAUGUAAUGAAUGUGGAAAAUUAUUCUCCCAGUUGUCAUACCUCACUAUACAUCAUAGAACACAUUCAGGAGUGAAACCCUAUGAAUGUAGUGAAUGUGGGAAAACCUUCUACCAGAACUCAGCCCUUUGCAGGCAUCGGAGAAUACACAAAGGAGAGAAACCCUAUGAGUGUUAUAUAUGUGGGAAAUUCUUCUCUCAGAUGUCAUACCUCACUAUACAUCAUCGGAUUCAUUCAGGAGAGAAACCCUAUGAAUGUAGCGAAUGUGGGAAAACCUUCUGCCAGAAUUCAGCCCUUAAUAGACAUCAGAGAACACACACAGGAGAGAAGGCCUAUGAAUGUUAUGAAUGUGGAAAAUGCUUCUCUCAGAUGUCAUAUCUCACUAUACAUCAUAGAAUUCAUUCAGGAGAGAAACCCUUUGAAUGUAACGAAUGUGGGAAAGCCUUCUCUCGGAUGUCAUACCUCACUGUACACUAUAGAACUCAUUCAGGAGAGAAACCCUAUGAAUGUACUGAAUGUGGGAAAAAAUUUUACCACAAAUCAGCAUUCAAUAGCCAUCAGAGAAUUCAUAGGAGAGGGAAUGUGAACAUAAUAGAUGUAGGAAGGCUUCUCUGAAGUAAGACCUCAGUUAUGUCACAGAACCCUUUCAAUGUAAUGGAGAAGUAACUCCUUCCUGAGGUCAGACAUGUACAUCAGAGAACUCACACAAGUGAGUGUGGAUAAGCACUCAUAAUCUGAAAACUCAUAGCAGAAAGCAUGAUUGCAACAAGACCACAUGAGUCAUUAGAUAUCAUAUUAUACAGGAGUAAAAAUUCAUAAAUACUUAGAAUGUAUAUAUAUUUCAUCUUGGAUUAGAACUGUUUGACAUAACAGAUAAUUCAUAGUUUACGGGAAUUUUAUCAAUUUAAGAAAUGUGGAAAACAUCAUUUGGAAAUUAUUAAUACUAAGAGAUAAUGUUUCUGAUACCAUAGCAAAUUUUUUGUUAAUUAAAAAAAAAACAACCCAGAGAUACCUGCUGUGAGUAAGCAUACUCCUUGUGUAAAUAGAAACUGUAAAAUCAUGAGGAUGGCUAACUAAUCAAUAACAUUAAAUUAAUAUACAACUAGUUCCCAAAGAAUAUGGGACUUACGUUUGGAGAUUUUUUUUGUUUUUAAUGUGUUACAUUGCAGGAUUUGUAUGUUAAGUUUGAAAAAGCAUUGUAUCCUUAUUAAUUUGUUUUUGUUUUUAAGUUGGAGUAUCACUCUGU